AUGUUCAAGCUCGCGACGGUCCUCGCGUUCCUCGCGGCGAUCGCCUCCGUCGUCUCCGCGGAGGUGUACUUCGAAGAGCGAUUCGACGACGGCUGGCGCGACCGAUGGACGAAGUCCUCGUGGAAGACCUCCGAAGGCCAGGACGGCGACUUCGAGCUGACGCGCGGGAAGUGGUACGGCGACGCGGACGCGGACAGAGGCAUUCAAACCUCCGCGGACGCGCGCUUCUACGCCCUCAGCGCGGACAUGGGCGAGACGAUCACGAACGAAGGCAAGUCGCUCGUGCUUCAGUUCAGCGCCAAGCACGAGCAGAAGCUCGACUGCGGCGGCGGGUACGUCAAAUUGUUGCCGUCGACGACGGACGCGUCCGCGUUCGGCGGAGACACGCCGUACGCCGUCAUGUUCGGCCCGGACAUCUGCGGGUACGCGACGCGCAGGGUCCACGUCAUCCUCACGGAUUCCAAGGGGACCAAUCAGCUCGUGAAGAAGACGAUCCCGUGCGAGACGGACGAGCUCACGCACGUGUACACGCUGCGUCUGCACGCGAACAACACGUACGAGGUCUUGAUCGACAACGAAGAGAAAGAGCGCGGAUCUCUGGAGGAAGACUUCGAGUUCUUACCCCCGAAGACGAUCGCGGACCCGGAAGCGACGAAGCCGGAGGACUGGGACGACCGCGCGACGAUCCCGGACGAGAGCGACGUGAAACCCGAGGGGUACGACGACGUCCCGCCCACCGUCGCGGACCCGGAGGCGUCGAAACCGGAAGACUGGGACGACGACGAGGACGGCGACUGGGAGCCGCCGAUGAUCGAUAACCCGGAGUACAAGGGCGCGUGGGAGCAGAAGACGAUCGAUAACCCGGCGUACAAGGGCGCGUGGGCGGCGCCGGAGAUCCCGAACCCGGCGUAUAACGCGGACGACGCGGCGGAGUUGUAUAAGUUUUCGGACCUGAGGUACGUCGGGUUCGAGCUGUGGCAGGUCACCGCGGGGACGAUCUUCGAUAACGUUCUCGUGACGGACGACGCGGCGUACGCCGCGCGGUUCGCGGAGGAGACCUGGGGCGCGAGCAAAGAAGGCGAGCGCGCGAUGUACGAGGCGCACGCCGCGGAGAAGGCGAAGGAGGAAGAAGCCGCGCGCGCGAAGGCGGAGGAAGAAGCCGCCGCGGACAAAGCGCUCGAGGAGGAGGAGGAGGAGGAGGAGGAGGAGGAGGAGGACUACGACGAGGACGCCACCGCGCCCGCGACGCCGAAGGACGAGCUGUGA